CCUCAAAAAGGUUACAAUUAAUCAACAAUUGAAUAGAAUCAACGCGAUAACAAAGGUGCGGGAGGCAAAUGCAUGUGUCAGCGUGCACGUGUAAUAAAAGUAGCGCCUUUUUCACUCUCAUUCUUCGCGGCAGAAGAAGGAGUAGCAGCACAUUUUGCAUUUUCGAAGAAUGAUCUUGAUCAUAUCCAUCACCAUCUUCAAAUAGCGCAAUGGCGACACAAAGAGGGACAAUUAGUCUAGCCUUCAAUGUCAGCGGCCUGCUUGGUCGCGAAGCAGGUCCAUCUCGUAUGACACUCGCAACAAGAGCUCCAUUCAGUACAUCAGCGACCGUUGGAGCAGUACAAAAGAAGAAAGUAGCACCGGCACAAAAGAAGAAAUCUGCAUCAGUUGUACGAAAAACCCCAAAAAGUGCAGAUGCAGCAUCGACAAAACGUAAAGGAGCUAGAUCAGGUGGAAGUGGUGCAAGUGAUCCUUCUGCAUUAGGAUUAUCGCGAGACAGUCCAUUCGCACAACCUAAAGCUGAAAUGAGUGAAUUGCCAGAAUUCCUUCCUGAAAUGAUUACAGCAAAAGAUGCUUACAAAGUGGUUGCUUGGAGUAAACGAACUUGGGAUGCUCUUCAAUUUCAACAAUUCGGCUUACCAAAGUCGCUGGCAAAACAAUUCGGAUCGGAAUCCCGUCCUCGAACACUGAUUCGGCCACUGACUUUGGAAGUGCUGGAUAUGUUGGAUAACGCACGAUCAAAACCUUCUUCUCCUGCCGAGGUCAACACUGUCCUCAAUGCGCCGCUUGGAUACGGAAUCUCUACUUUGAUGCUGCAAGCCUUCUCGUAUGCGCUGGAAUCGUCUUGGCUGGUUAUCUAUCUUCCAAAAUCGCUCACAUUUGUGGACAGCUCAUCUCCCUAUGCAUACAGUGAAAAGCACAAAGUCUAUCUCCAACCAGAGCUGACUCAACACAUCCUUCAACGCAUUCUUAGUGUGAACAAAGAUCACUUGAGUAAGAUCACAUUGGAAGAUGGACCAUUCACACUUGACGAUCGUGGAGGAAAGAUCGAGAAGGGGGCCAAUCUAGUAUCAGUCAUUCAACAAGGUCUCCAAAAAGACACCUCACCCGAUGCACUACAGACGGUCUUCGAGAUCACAAUGCGUACGAUUGUUCAGCAACGCAGCGUACCAGUACUAUUAGCAGCUGAUGGCGCUCAAGGAUUGUUCAGUAAAAGCUUAUACAGAGAUCCUGAUUACCGUCAAUUGGAAUCCUACGAGCUUGCUGUGCCAAGAACGCUUCAGGCCAGUUUACGAACUACCGGAACGGGAAGCUUUGGAGGAAUUCAAUUGGGAAAAUCAUUAACUGCAAUGAGUCUUUCCAACACUAAAUGGCCCAUUCCCGAUGAGAUGCGUUUUGCCUUGCCGGGUUUGAAUGCAGACCUUCAUCCAUAUGCCAAAUUGAACGAUGAAAUGCUCUCGAUCGUCAAAGAAUGUCAAUUGAACGUUUGGGAUAUGAGUAAUGCUGUUCUAACACGCAAAGAAGCUGGCGCUCUAUUUGACGUUGCACGAAAAGAAGGCAGAAUGUGGUCUACACCAAAUGAUGAAUCGUUCAUGUCCAGAUUGGUUGAAAGCGGCGGUAGUGUUGGUACAUUCCAACGCGGUCUGCGAGGAUCUCUUUUGUGAUUUUUACUACUAAAAAGAAAUAUGUUUGUACAUUCGUUGAUGG